CUCGUUGAUUUACACUAUCUGAUCUUGAAACAGGUGAAAAUUCAGGCCCUUUUAUAAUUGGGCAAGUUAAUUGAUAUAUGUGGGUUGAUUUUGCUAUGUUAAACCCUCCCCCUUUCUAGAAACCCCUACCCUAAAUUCAUUAUUUUAGAUAACGCUUGCGGGUUAACAAAAAAAAAAAAAAAAAAAAAAGAGAGAGAUAUAGUGGGGUAAGUUCAUGGUAACUAUUUGGGAUAUCGCAGCCACUAAGCCCACCACCCUCACGUUUCCAUUUUUUCCUCCCACACGCCCACGUUAAUUACACUGUGCACGUAUUAUAUAUAACUGAUUUAACAACUGUUCGCUAUUAGACUAAACACAAAUUAAAGACUUGUUCCUUGUAAGUUCAGUUCCUCAUUAUCAUCACACAUUGAAAAGAAAAAAAAAGUCUUAACUUCUCUCUAGCAGCUAGCCAAAAUUUCCUCUAUCUAUCUGAGCUCUUUAAUUGAUUGCCUUGCCCCUGUGAUUACUGAUCAUGGCCUUCACAUGUUUUCGUAACGUGCUCAUCAUCUCAAUAUUAGUUACGACUUCUCUUCAAUUCAUGCAUGUGUCAUCCUUGGAAUUCCAAGUUGGUGACACUACUGGUUGGGCUGUUCCUCCCGCAAAUGUCACCAAUUUCUACAACAAUUGGGCUUCCCAAAUGAGGUUCAAAAUUGGCGACACCAUCCGUUUCAAGUACAAGAAGGACUCAGUGAUGGAGGUGUCAGAGAAAGAAUACAAGAAAUGCAACUCAACGCGCCCCCAUUUCUUUUCCAACACAGGGAACACGAUGUUCACGUUAGAGCAUUCUGGUUAUUUCUAUUUUGUGAGUGGAGCAGCAGGACACUGUGAGAGAGGACAGCGAAUGAUCGUAAGGGUUCUGGUGCAAGAUGUGAUCGGUGAAGCUACUUCUGCAGCCUCAGCUACAACAUUCAUGUCAUUGCCACUCUUUGAACAACUUUGUGCUCUUCAGCUUCUUGUCUUUCUUCUCGGUUCACUUGUCUACUAGCUAGUUAGAUCUUUAAUUUAACCAAUUUGUUGCUGCUUUAUGUUGAACUGCGUUUUGGGUUUUUGUAUUGGUUAAUUACUUAGGGGUACAUUGUUUUUCUUCUGCAUAGACACUUUGUGGGAAUUGAUUAUUUUGAAUUUCAUCUAGAUAUAUGUUUCAACUAGUCAAUAAAUUUGUGCUUCGCGCGGUAUAUUAGUGAACUAGGGAUAAUUCUUUUUUACAAAUUUAAUCAAAAUUGGAAGAUAAUUUUUUUUUAUCAUUAUACACAAAGUAUAUUAAUAUAUAACCAAAUCACAAAUUUAAAAGUCAUAAUAAGAAAUUUAAAAUGCUUUUUCUUACUGUUUUUUCCAUUGCUUUUCUUGUUUUUUUUUUAUUUUAAUUUUUUUGAUAUGCUUAUCUAGCAUUUCUAGAAAAUCUGUUAUUUCCCUCAACCCUCUUUUCUUUAUUUCCCAUUUUCAUAUUUCUCUGUUAUUUUCUUCUUCUUUGUUUUGUUUCCUCUGCCUUACCAAAUAGAAACUUUACUCCUUGCUCAACUUGAAGGAAUACAAGUAGCCACAAUGAAAAGGGUAGCAGUAUUUAAGAGGUUUUGGUACGGUGUCCGUUAGUUUUUCUUAAUGUAAAAUGGUUAAGGAAAGAUGAUUUUAAGGGAAAACAAAUUGAAAGAACCCUUUCAGGGG